AUGGAUGUUCUCUUCGCAGCCAUCCUUGCUGUGCCACUUAUCCUGGGACAAGAGUAUUUGGAUGAAGAAGUACUGGGAGAGGACGAUUAUUAUCAAGUGAUCUAUUAUUACACUGUCACCCCCAAUUAUGAUGACCUUGGUGUAAAUUUCACCAUUGAUUACUCCAUGUUUGAAUCAGAAGAUAGACUGGAUAGGUUGGAUAAGGAGGUAACGGAAGCAACAGAGACUACUGCCAUUAAUCUUGAGACAGAACGUGAAGACCAUCGGAAGCCUGUAACAAUAAAACCAGUGACAAUGGAACCAAGUCCAGAUCUGAACGAUGCUGCGCCCAGUCUGCAGAGUCCUGGUCCCCUCAUCCUGUCCUGGGCCCUCAUUCAGGGGGGGAUGUAUUUCAUGUAG